UUAGACUGUCUCUGCUCAUAAUCCUUCAUAGCAGACAUGUAUUUGUAUUUCUGUGUCGGCCUGUAAAACAUUGCGAUUCACUCUUUUGUCAAGGUCACCUGGAAAAACUAAAGUUAGUACAGCGGCUGAAAGAGAAAGACAACAGCGUACAUAUAUGCUGUAGGAGCCGUUUUAGUGACAGCCCGGAGAAAACGUUCUACUUAGAAGUCUUUAAAGGAGCAAAGACAAAUGGAAAACAAGUUCUACACACGGAAAUGUGGGAUUGGAUGUUUGUUCCUCAUGAUUUUAAGCUGUAUUGUAGACACUUCAAACAGUUUAGUGGACAGAUUGGAGUCAACCAAGAGUUAUGACUAUACCAAAUAUCAUCCCAUGGCUGAGAUCUACAGGUGGAUGGAAGAUGUGGAGCGAGGGAACCCAGAGCUCAUCUCUUCAGCCGUUUAUGGACACACUUUUGAAGGACGAAAUAUCACACUGCUGAAGUUGGGACUACGACACCCCGAGGGGAGAGAGAAGAAGGUUAUAUGGAUGGACUGUGGAAUCCAUGCUCGGGAGUGGAUCGCUCCUGCCUUCUGUCAGUGGUUUGUCAAAGAGAUUGUGCAAUCUUAUAAAACCAAUGAGAAGCUGGAGCAGAUGCUGCAGAACCUUGACAUCUAUGUGACUCCUGUGAUCAACGUGGAUGGAUAUGUAUUCACCUGGGCCAACGACAGUACUCGUCUGUGGAGAAAGUCUCGUUCGACCCCCCCUGCAGAUGCUAGUUGUUACGGGGUUGACCUAAACAGGAAUUUUAAUGCCAACUGGGGAACGGUUGGUGUGUCAUUUGACAGUUGUUCAAACACGUACUGUGGAAAACAUGCAGGAUCAGAGCCAGAGGCUUCAGCUGUGAUGGACUUUGUUGGUAAGAUGGUCAAUAAGACUCUUUGUUUCCUCACCAUCCACUCUGCUGGGCAGCUUAUUCUCUUGCCAUAUGGGCACCCUGAGAUCUCUGCACCCAACUACAACGAACUGGUUUCAGUGGGUAAGACAGCAGCAGCAGAAAUGAAGAAGGUACAUGGAAUGGACUACACUGUGGGAACAUCUCCACAAAUCCUCUAUCCAAACUCAGGCUCAAGCCGUGACUGGGCUCGUCUCACUGGCAUCCCAUUCUCUUACACAUUUGAGCUGAGAGACAAAGGUGAGUUCAGCCACUUGCUGCCAGAGGAGCAGAUCCAGCCAGCCUGUGAGGAGGCUUUUGCAGGAGCUCUGUCCAUUAUCACAUAUGUUCAUGAUAAGGCCCUCAAUAAUGCUGCUGUCCCUAAAGUGGCCAGCUCCGUUUAUGGGGUUGCUACAAUUUGGAUCAUGGCUGUGUUUAUCACCACAGGAGAUUUGGUGUAAGGAAGUAAAAUUUCUAUCAUACACGGUUGUUUUCUAACCUAAAUGUAAUCUUAAAAAGUCACUAAACACAUUAUAAGCUCGGUAAUUGAGCUGUAAAUGCUUUAAAAUAGCUGCAUUGUGAAACUUUUCAUAACACAUUUUAAGAGAAGAAAAAGACUUGGAAAAUGUUUUCCAAGUCUGUUUUCAGAGUAACUCGUCCAUGCUGCUUUUUCCCCUUUUGACAGCAGGGGGCAGUAUCAGCACAUUUUAGACAGCGUCCUCUUCUCCAUUUAUUCAGGCUUCUUAAGUUCAGAUACAUUUUCCAUCUUUGUUCUUCCUACAGUAGCAUCAUGUGGAUUGAUGACUUUUGCAAAAGUAAGCUCCAUGUCUUGAUUUGUUAUCAUAUCUAGAAGUCACAUGCACCCAUUAAUACCACCUGAUCAUACUGAUGGCAGAGGCUGCAAAAGUGCCCAUCAGUAUGAAGUAAUCACCUGGACUCAUAUAUUGCAAAUAAUCCUACUUCAGGUUUGGUCUGAAAUCCUUUUUGUGGUUGUGUUAAAAAGCCUGUUUACCACAGCAGCUAAAAUUGCAACUCUUGUCCAGUCAGAGGAGGGUUUUAUUUUGUCCUCUAGUGUUGGUAAUACCAUUACACAGCUUGUCAGAGGUGAUAAAGUUGUAACCCCGGGACCUGAACUUCUUUGUUUUAAAGUUCAGGGACAAGGCUGACUAUGUUCCUCACACUUCUACAAUGGGGUGCCAUGGUGAAGCUUUGACAUUUUGACUCAUUGGAUUUCCACAUUCUGUGUUUUUUUAUAGUAAAAAAAUAAUAAUAAUAAUAAAUCAUUUUUCUAGGCUCGUUGA